UUGACUGGAUUCUAAUAAACAAAAUUUCUUAAAAAUAAAGAUUGAAAAAAUAUGCUGUUGUGUGAAGUUGCGAUACUGACUGAUUUAAUAAUCCUAUCUGUUAAUCUGUUAGCAUCUCAGCUCGCUCUAACUAAAUGAACUUUAUUGUGAAUUGUGAAAUUACAAGAAAAUUUCCUUAGGAAUUGUGUAUUUGUGUGAAAAAUUCUAUCACCCUGAGCACAAGAAUACUAAUAUACUUAUUGUUAUUGUAAUGAAAUGAUGCUUGAAAGAGAGGAGACUGGCUUUGAGAAUUGCGAAUGAGAUAAAAGAUAAGACAGUGCCUUUUUAAUUAGUCCAGUAUUUAAUUUAAGCUGACCACCACAUUUUCACACUUCUCUCUUCUUCUGAAUGAGUGAAUACUUUGAACAUGAAUAAUCAAUUUAAUAAGACAGUCGGUGGACUCUCUCAGUACUUCUCCUCACUGUCUGGCUCUCAGUCACAUAAUCCGCGUCGUUGAAGCAGGAACAAGUGUUUACAUCAGUGCUUCCGUGAAUUGAGAACAAUGCCUGGAAGAGGAUUAUUUGUGUGGUUGGUGGUGAUGGUGUGCCUAGGUGCAGUGACAGGAUUUAGAGAUCUCAAUUCAUCGGGAAAGCGUUACUUCCGCCCAAAUGUGUGUGAAUCAGAUAAGCACGGCAUGGACGCCAAGAUUGUCUGCUACUGCACAACCCCAGGGAAUAAGACAGCAGAUUGCUGGGUGAAUGUGCAUGAUCUGUAUGAGUAUGAUCAAACGUGGAGUGGCUUCGAAAUCAACAGUGAUAUUCGACACCUGAUUCUCACGAUGGCGCCAAAUGGGCAGCUAAAUUACUUACCUAUGAGAGCUCUGCAAUACCUUCACAAUCUGCGCUCCUUUAGCAUGUCCUCGGCCAAUAUUCCAGUGAUAAAAGCUCAUACAUUCUCCUUCUUAUCUCAAUUGGACACCAUUUCUCUAAUAAACAAUCAAAUUGUUACACUGGAGAAUUAUGCAUUUGCAGAUUUGAGUCGUCUGCGUUCUCUCAACAUGUCCUUCAAUCAAAUCACCUUCCUCGAUCGCAAUGUUUUUCACAAAUGCCGCAAUUUGGAAGUCCUCUAUCUUACGGCUAACAACAUUUCAAGCAUUCUGGAUGGAGCAUUUAGUAAUCUUGAGAAAUUGGACAUUCUUAAGCUCGACUAUAACUUCAUCUCCAUGAUCACAGUCGAUACCUUCCGUGGUCUGGACAAUCUCUCUACCCUUGGACUCAUUGCAAACUACAUUACGAUGCUAGAGGACAACACAUUUGAUAAUUUACGCAAUCUCAUUUCACUGGAUCUCCGUCAAAAUGCCAUCCAGAGCAUAUCACCACGAGCUUUUAAUGGACUUACGAAGCUUCAGUAUUUAAAUUUAGAGCAGAAUGAACUGAAGAUGUUGGACUCCUUUAUUGUCCAGGGCUUGCCAAAUUUACUUUAUCUCAAUUUGGCGAAGAAUCUUCUUACGACAUUCCUGCUGGACGAACAGAGUAGUCUCUAUUCCCGUUUCCAGAAGGAAAAUACACUGUUUUAUAUUAAUGAUAACAAUUUGGUUUGUGACUGCCGUCUUAACUGGGUCUUCAGUCUAUACGGUUCUACAAAGAGUCCUAUCUUCAAGGAGGCUCUCAAUUCCCUGCAGUGUGAGCUUAUUAAACACGAUCGAACCGACUUUGUGUAUAUUUUGCGCAUUAAUUUGGCCGAACUACCCUGCGAGUACUACGCCAGCACCACGGAAUCUUUUAUGCAGGAAUAUGAUCGACCCCGCUACACCCUCAGGAAUCACUACUAUCAUUCAGGCUCAACGAUGAAUGUUGCCCAAUUAUUCCUCCUGAUACUCACACUCCCAUUAGUUCUUCACUAGACUCUGUACAUGCAAUGCACAAUAAAGUGUUCAAAUUGA